AUGCAGAGUGGACUACAGAUGAUCAUCCUGUGUCUUCAGAUCCAGGAAACUACGUCUACACAGAACGUGGACACGUCUUUAUCCACACUGGGAACCAUGACCAAUGCAAUCACCGAACGAUUGGAGACUCUUACAACAAGAAUGAAUGGGCCUAGUGCAUUGAGCAUCUCUUUCGGGUCUACUGGGAGAGAUGGAGUUAUUCUUAGUCUCCAGAACAUGGCCCAGGCUGCGAAAUCUCUUAAUUCGCUAGCACGAGCUACUAUCUACGACGGAAGCGUCUUGGGAGAACCCUUGACGGAAGAGCAAUCCAAGUACAUCCGCGAGUGGAUACCACCGACCAAAGACGACAUUCCAGAAAACAACCCACCAGACGAUGCUGCCCCUAUUGUCGUGACCAUCACGGAUACUACUGCAAAGACUGAGUCAAAGACCAAUGCCAAUACUACCACCAAUCAUAAUUUUCUUGAAAAGGCAAUCGACACAGUCAAGAAAGCUAUCGAAUACGACCAUAAUGGUGAAUACGAGAGCGCAUAUAAGAAUUACUACUCGGCCCUCGAACUCUUCAUGUUGGCCGUGAAAUGGGAAAAGAAUCCCCAGGCAAAGGAGAUAAUUCGCAACAAGGUGGGAGAGUAUAUGGAGCGUGCCGAGAAGUUAAAGAGCUUUCUAGACUCGCAAAAGUCUUCGAGGAAUUCUUCUACUGUCACAGAAUCAACAUCGAGAGCGACCAGCAGCAACAGUAGUGCAACGACCACUACCGCUAGUACUACUACCCCAAUUGCGACUCGUCUUCCAUCCAACCCGGGCACCCCCCAUGUGCUGCCUUCUGAGAUGAGCAGUAAGUUAUUUGUCAAUCAUAUCGCGGAAGCAGAGGAUAUCACCGGAGCCGAAAAUGUGAAAAUUAUCACUUCAAAUGACACGCUUUGUCGGAAUAUCUCGAAAGCCCUGGACACUAUGUGUAUUCCACCGCGCGCGAAUCUAUUUCUUUCUGCGGUCAUCGCUCCCCGUACCAUCGAGGAUAUCCAGGAACUACUUCGCCUGUUUCAUCGAGUCAAAAUACCCGUGUGGCCAUUCUAUUCUACCGACGAAGAGGAUCUUCGGCAUGUUAUUCCACGGGUCCCGGGAAGUGUGGGCUUGGAUCUUGUGAAGUACAUGAAUAACAUUGCCGAAGUGAAUAAGGACCAGCUUUAUGCUAUUGUCGAACCGGGAGUGUCAUGGGCAGCUUUGGCGCGUGAUAUCUCACAACGUGGACUGGAUGACCAGUUUUGGAUCGAUUGGCCCAUUUCAUCAAGGGAGCUUAUUGUCGAUCAUGUUAUUGGGCCAGCGUAUGCUGCAAGAUACUGUAGUAUGGAGAUUAACCUGCGAUAA